AUGAGGCUCCUCCUCAUCCUCCCGCUCUGCGGCCUCGCCAUUGCCAGCGCCGCCAGGGACCGAUACGCCGCUCUGCAAAUCGUCCCCGAUGGACUGACGCCGCGAUACUUCGUCGAUAAGUCGCAUCCGCUGUUCAAGCGCGAGGGAUCAUGCGGCGACAACGCCCACAGCUGCCUUGACAUUGGUCACGGUGACCGCUGCUGCAACAACAACAGCUACUGCUACGUAAACACCUCCGACGAGCCCAAGUGCUGCGCGAUCGGCCAGGCCUGCACCUCAGACAACCCUUGCCCGGCCACCGCCGUCCGCUGCUCCGUUACUCGCACAGUCACAAUCACAUCCACCUCAUCCGCCGCCACAAGAACGACUUCCAGAGCGCCCGUCGUCACGCGGACAACCACCACCGUCCUCACCGGCUGCUGCGGCCGCGCCUGUCCCCAGACGAGCUUCUACCUCUGCGCCCCCGACCUCGGCGGCAACUGCUGCCCCUUUGACUCCAACUGCCAGGCCGGCGGGCACUGCGUCUCGACGAAGACGAGCCCGCCUCCUGGUCUCACUCCCGUCGCCGACGGGUGUACUACUGGCCAGUUCCGGUGCUCUGAUGGUAACGGCUGCUGUAAUAACGGCCAGGCAUGCACUUCGUUCGCCGGAUCGGCCUACUGCUCCACUGCAACCGGAGGCCCGACCAGCACCCUCGAGGCGGGCGGUGACUCCAACAACUCCGGGUCCUCAUCGUCCGGGGGCCUAUCUCCCGGGGCGGAAGCGGGUAUUGCCGUCGGCGCAGUGGUGGGCGGCGGUCUCAUCGUCGCGGCAGCCGUGUGGUUCUAUCUCACAAAGCGGAGAAACGCUGCAGAGCGUCGUCGCGUAUACAACGACGCCUCCCUAACAUCCGGAGGCGCAAACGGUGCCGCCCCGGGCGAUAUCCCCAUGGCCAACACACAGCUGUCGCCUCAGGCCCAGGCGGCGCAGCGCUGGACAAUGGUCUCCUCCGUCACGCCAUCCGGCGCCGUGACCGACGCAGGCACAGUCAGAUCCCCGUCCUCCGCCCCGGAUCCCGUCGAGCUUGCGACGGACCAGCGGAUGGAAGUGGAAGGCUCCGAAGUCUUUUCGCCCAAGUCCGGCGUCAGCAGCAUGGCUUUGGCGGACAUCCGAGCGCCGGAGACUACGGACGGACGAUUCGAGUUGCACGGCCAGUCCGCCAUUGCCCAGUCCACCAUUGGACAGUCCGCCAUUAGCAAGUCCGCCAUUGCCCAGUCCACCGUUACCAAGCCCUCCAAUGCCGGACCAUGA